ACUCUCACUCACUCACUCACUGUGGUCACUGUCUUAGGAACCCUAGAAGAAGAACCCAGGUAGCAAAGAGACAAACAACCUUGGAUCUGCAAAACCCAAUAGGUCAGCUCAAGUUCCAGCUAAACCCACCUUCUCUCCAUGGAUUCACUUCAAGAAUUUAUGGACUCGUGUAACUCAGACAACAUGACCAACACAAACAUCAGCACCACUAGCAGCAACAACAACAACGGCUUAAUAAUUGGUAGCUCCAAUUCCCCUUCUGCUUCCUCCACCACAAGCAGUAGCCGCUAUGAGAACCAAAAGCGCCGCGACUGGAACACCUUUGGCCAGUACCUCAAGAAUCACCGUCCCCCUCUCUCCCUCUCAAGAUGCAGUGGUGCACACGUCCUUGAAUUUCUCAGGUACUUAGACCAAUUUGGAAAGACCAAAGUGCACACUCCGAUCUGUCCCUUUUAUGGACACCCGAACCCUCCAGCACCAUGUCCAUGCCCCCUAAGACAAGCAUGGGGUAGCCUUGAUGCUCUCAUAGGUCGCUUAAGAGCAGCCUUUGAGGAAAAUGGAGGGAAGCCAGAAACAAACCCUUUUGGUGCUCGAGCUGUGAGACUCUACCUUCGUGAGGUUCGUGAUCUGCAGUCCAAAGCAAGAGGAAUCAGCUAUGAGAAGAAGAAACGGAAGCGUCCACCACCACAACCACUACAACAAAUACCACAAUCACUUCCACUACCUCAUCACCAACUCCCUCCUCCAGGUGCAACUCAAUAA